CGGUAGUUGAUGGGCUGCUGUCACAAUAUAAUAAAUUGUACCCCUCUUAUCUUAUCAUCUUAAACUACCACUUUUCUUGCUAAUUAGUACGGCACCCUACGUCAAUUCCCGUUUUAAUUUUUAAAAAAAAAACCACCUUAAUUCUUCAAUCACUUGAAACAAUUUUUCACUUCAAACUUCGCUUUAUAUAUACGAGUAGCAACCCUUCUUUCUUCUUCUUCCCACUCUCCAACUUAAUCAAAUUAAACGUUGCACUAAUCAAAUCCGCCAUGCCGCCGUCCGAUAUCUUUCAAAGCUACUCCGAUUCGCCACCACCACUCCUCCUCCACCUCCUCCUCCUCAUCAUCAUCGCCGUUUCGUCCGUCAUCUUUCUAGUAACCAAUUUCCGCGGCGGCGGAGGAGGGAAGCUGCCGCCGAGCCCAAGAUCCCUCCCACUCAUCGGCCACAUGCACCACCUGGGCCCAACCCUCCACCGCCACCUCCACACCCUCUCGGCCCAACACGGCCCGCUCGUCCACUUCCGCAUCGGCCCAAAGCCCUGCCUCCUCGCCUCCACCCCGGACCUGGCCCACGAGAUCCUCAAGACCAACGAGCCGGCCUUCCUCAACCGGCCCAAGGUGGCCAACCUCCACUACCUCACCUACGGCUCGGCCGACUUCGCCACGGCCCAGUACGGCCCGUACUGGAAGUUCAUGAAGCACCUCCUCAUGAACCGCCUCCUCGGCCCACAAACCCUCGACCGGUUCGUCCCGGUCCGACGCGACGAGACGAACCGGUUUCUGAACCGGGCCCUGAGCAGGGCCCGGGCAGGGGAAGCGAUGGACGUCGGAGCCGAGCUCACGAGGCUGACCAACAACGCGAUCUCGAGGAUGAUGCUGCGGACGAGGUGCUCCGGCGACGACGAGGAGGAGGCCGACGAGGUGAGGCGGCUCGUGAGGGAGAUGACGGAGCUCGGGAGGCAGUUCAAUGUGUCGGAUACGUUUUGGGUUUUGAAGAAUUGGGACUUGCAAGGGUUUGAGAAGAGGCUCGUGGAUGUGCGAGGAAGGUACGAUGUUCUGAUGGAGAGGAUCAUGAAGGAGCACGAGGAUUUGAGGAGGGAGAGGAAAAUGAAGGAUGGUGAUGAUUGUGGCUUGGAGGAUUGUAAGGAUGUGCUUGACAUUUUGCUUGAUAUAUAUGAAGAUGAGGAAGCGGAGAUGAAAUUGACGAGGGAGAACAUCAAAGCUUUUAUCAUGAACAUAUUCGGAGCUGGAACGGACACGUCUUCGAUUCUCAUCGAGUGGGGGCUCUCGGAACUCAUAAAUCAUCCAGACGUGACGAGCAAGGUAAGGCAGGAGAUGGAACUAGUUGUAGGAAAUGACAGGUUGGUCCAAGAAUCAGACAUCCCAAACCUUCCCUACCUCCAAGCCAUCCUAAAAGAGCUACUCCGUCUCCACCCAACCGGUCCGUUGAUCGUCCGAGAAUCAUCCCAAGAAUGCACGAUCGCCGGCUACAAAAUCCCGGCGAAGACGAGGCUGUUCGUCAACAUCUGGUCCCUGGGGAGAGAUCCAAGCCAUUGGAAGGAUCCUGAGGAGUUUAGCCCUGAAAGAUUCAUGGGAACAGAGUGGAAGAAGAAGAAUAACAUGUUGGAUGUGAGGGGACAACAUUUUCAUCUGUUGCCCUUUGGCAGCGGAAGGAGGAGCUGCCCCGGUGCCUCGUUGGCCCUGCGGUUCGUGCCGACGACUCUGGCGGCGAUGAUUCAGUGCUUUGAUUGGACGGCGGUUGGGGAUGGUGGUGGUGGAGGUGAAGUGGACAUGGAAGAGGGUGGAGCUGGGCUCACGCUUUCUAGGGCUCGUCCUUUGGUUUGUGUUCCAAUUGCUAGGCGAGGUGCCGGCGACCUUUUAUCUACGACGACGAUGUGACAAAAGUGUGUGUGCUUUAGUGAAUUGGGUAAGGUUAAUUUCAAGAAUGUGUGUAUUUGGUUGUGAGGAUCUAUUGAAAUUGGAAUUUUAUGUGGAGAAGAUUGUUGUACAUGAAGUAAGGAAAACGCAUGUAUUUUGGAACUUUGAUUUGAAAAAUGGGAUUCCCCUACCUUUUUGCAUCCAAUAUGUUAUCAUCAUCAUUGGAGUAUGUAGAAAUUUAUGUUUUGUGAAAUACAUGUACAUGAUCAUUUUGCAUAGAAUGUUAAAGUACUAGGAGUCUUGCUAUAGGAUUAGUUUGUAUAGUUGGAAUAUUUUAGACACUAUAUAUGUCGCGUAUGUUGAACAUUUAGGUUUUUAGUAAAAACGGUUACGGUUUCCUGUCCUUUCUCUUUCUCUCUUCAUCCUCUAAAUUUUGUAAGGGUCAUAUACACAUCAAUAAAAUACCUUCAAAUGAUCAUCGAAUUUGGGAAAGGAUAUGGUACAAACCAUUUUCUAUAAAAUCCUACAGAACUCUGUGUCAUACCACCAUGGUACGAUAAUAUAAUGGGUGGUACGAUUCAUAUAAGGAGUGGUAACACAUGCAUUUUUUUGUAGAUUUCGUAAUUCUGAGUUUUGUAUCGUAACUUAAACUUAAAUUUGUGGUCAUAAUAAGCUUCCAGAAACAUAACAACACAUAUUUUUUUCUCCUGAAAUUUAUAUAUUUUUGCAACUAAAAAAAGUUGGACUUUGCUACAGUGACUUGCAACAAACGCGCGACUGAUAAGUGUAUGUGGUAGACUGAAUACAGUGUUGACUGUUUUGCUACGUUCAACAAGCGAUCAACCACUUCUACAAACUGGUCGACCUCGCGUCAGCUUUUUGUAUUUCUUCCCUCUUGAUUGUAAUUAUUGCUUAACUUGCUUUUGUAAAUUGAUAUUAGAUUUUAAGUCCAAUUUUGCAGGAUGGAUAAUGAAGAAACAAACAUGACAACAAAUCGAAUUGAAGAAAAUGAAGAAAAUGUUUCUCGUAAGUAUAGAUAUGGCAACAAACCAAAUGAAGAAAAUGUUUCCCGUAAGUAUCGAGAUGGCAACAAAUCGAAUUGAGAUGGAUAAUGCACAUACAUUACCUUGAAAUAUAGUUCGGUUUUUGUUCACAUUCAUAUCAACAACAAUAAUCGGGUAUAAUAUGAAAAUCAUAGCCACACUCAAUCAAAUUUCAAGUAUCUACAAUUAUCCAUGUGUAAUAAUGGUUCUUUAUAACUUCAACCAACAUGUUAACAAUUACAUGUAUACUAACAAUACAUAAAUGAAAAGAUAUAACAAUAAAUUACAAUAACGAAAUAAAUUAGUUAAAGAUAACAUAAUUUCAUAAAAAAUAUUACAUAUGUAUAAUUAAUAUAAUAUAUGUUGAGAACGUACAUGAGCGUUGGGCCGGCACGGCACGGGCACGCUUCGGGCCCAUUUAUUUCGUGUCGUGCUUGGCACGGCUCGUCAGUUUUCGUGCCGUGCCAUGCAAGCCCAUUUGUCAACUUUGCUAGGCCCGACCCAGGCUCUGGCACGGUUCGAAUCAUGCCGUGCCUAUUCGUGCUCGUGCCAUGCUCGUAUUCGUGUUUAAUGAAAAGGAAGAAAACAAAAGAGAGAAUGAAAAAGAAGGUGAAAAUUGGACGGGGGAAGAUAGUAUUAACCGAUAAUGUUUGAGAAAAGUAACAAAUAGGGGGGAAUAGAAAAUUGAAAGUAUA